AUGGGGGGACCCAUCGAUUGCUUCAACUGCGGUGGCGAUCACUUCGCCCGCGACUGCCCAGAAGGACCUAAAGGAAAGGGUAAGGAUGGCAAGGGAAAGAGCAAGGGGCCUGUGAGCUGCUGGAACUGCGGAGGCGACCACGUGGCCAGAGAUUGCCCGGACUCGGGAAAGGGGAAGGGCAAGAGCAAGGGCAAGAGCGUGGACUGCUUCAACUGCGGCGGCGACCACUUCGCGCGGGACUGCCCCGAGGGCGGCAAGAGCGGAAAGGGCGGGAAGGGCAAGGGCAAAGGUGGCGGCGUGUGCUACGACUUCAGGGACAACGGAAGCUGCAAGUUCGGGGAUGAGUGCCGCUUCAGCCACGAAGUGUGA